GAUUGCUGCUGUUGCUAGGUCGUAGAAACCGCACACCGUGUCUCCCGAUGAUGUCACAUACAAAAUAAGUAAGAAAAUACCGAUCAUGCGUAAAAGAAACUUUGCACCCAUACUUACACCAUUGUCUCGAUAGGGACGACGAGAAAAAUACUAAUUCGGGAAAUCAUCCAAGUAUUGCAUUGCAUGUUCUUCUUCUACAACAAUUACAUUUUUCAAUGGAAACUCUGUCAACACCACCCACCCCAGUACAUCCUGGGCCCAAUGAGGAAGUAAGAACUCUACCUGAUGAAACAAUUCCUCAAUCUACGUUAGCUGAUAUCGAUUUAAACCCCGACUUAUAUGAUGACAGUCAGACUCCUACCCCAUCGGUGGAUAUUUCCAAGCCUGUCCCCUCCUCUAGUAAUGCAGUCGGACCGAGUCCCUCGGCUCACCCCCACCAUCACGAGGUAACACCCACACAACAGUUACAUCAACACCAACAUCAAAAUUCUCAUAUACCCCAUGUGCUGUCCACUACUUCAAUGGAUGAUAGUGAGACUGAUAUGGAAGAAGUUGACCUAUUUAAAUUUCAACAAAUCACCCUUCCCUUUGAUGAAGCAUACCAGUUAUUCAAAUUAGAUUUUGAGUCAAUUGAACAACAUGAACCGAUUUCCCAUCAACAACAAUCGAAAUUUGUUAAUUAUAUUGAUGAACAAUUAUUGCAAAUCCAACGGAAAUUUAUUAAAUCACAAGCAGAAACAAACGAAACAUAUUCAUUUGGUCAAUUGAUUCAAGAAUUAACCGACGUGAUCAACAUCAUUUGGGUAUCAGUAUGUCAAAAGAAUACUCUUUUCGGUCAAAUGGAUUAUUACAUUAAAAUACUAGGAGAUUUAGAAGACUAUCUUGAACAUUAUCGAAACAUUUUCGAUCUGGAUCUUACUCAAUAUAAUGUGAAAAUUGAUGUUAGCAAAAUGGUUGCAUUUUUUAAAUUUUUCCAAAAACUAGAUUUGCAAUUGUCAUUAUUGAUGGAUGGGUUUACGGCAAAUACAAAUCAGACUACAAAAGCAAGUAAUACCGAAUUGAUUCGAUUAUAUCCUAUAAUAUCACGAUUGAGAAUAUUGAUAAUUUCAAGAGUGGAAAAUUUACGAACCAAGUUAAACAAAAAUGUGACAUCGACCAAUCGACAGGAUUCCCAAAAUUUACUUAAUCUAUUUGAAUUGGAAAUAAGCAGGUUGUUUGAAGGUAUUUUAGAACGAUCUUCAUAGUAAGUGUGUACAUACCAAAAGUUGCUUGUAUUUUUUUCCUAC